UGCGGCGGCGGCGGCUGCGGGGGAAGGGGGCGGAGAGGUUUGGGUAGCUAGCUCACAGCUGGACUCAGUGGAGAGAGCUUGGAGUUCCAGAGAGUCCUGGAGAGGGAGUCUGUGAGUGCGAGCGCGAGGGGGACCCCUCUCCGCGGCUCACGCUCCCGGGCUCCGCUCUCCUUCGCGCGCGCGCUAGCUCUCCUCACUGGUACCGAGCUGGUGCCGCUACUGCUGCUGCGGCUGCCGCCGGCGCCGGGGUUGACCGGCCCGCGGGGAAGCCGCGCGGGGCACGGGCUGCAGCGGCUGCAGCUGCAGCUCCGAGAGAAAGGGGGAAGGACGCUCGCUCAGGGCUUGCUACUGCUGUUCGCGCUGCUGCAGCGUCGCUUUCCCUCCGGCCUCUCUCGGGAACUGUGCCGUCUCCUCCGGGCUGUCCGGCGAUUUGGAGAUCACCAGCUCUUUUCUACCUGCUGCUCACCCACGGAACUGGAUUUAUCACUCAACUUUCCCAUCUCACCUGGGCCAAGCCGGCAACUUGGUGCGAGCUUCGUCCCCACUAUAGACUCAGCUACUGAUUCCAAGACGCUGUCCCCCGCGCCCCAAGCCCCCCAUUGGGGGGUUCGCGUUUUGGAGGGGCGGGUGGGGGGAGGGAAGGGGACUUAGACGAGGGUUCUUCUGUUAGACUUCCUUUUGUGGAGAGCUGAGAGGACUUACCGAACGUCUCCAAGUGUUCGAUGACCUGGGCAAGAAGUCGGUACAGCACCUGAACAAUUUGCCUUCAUGAGAAAACAUUUUUUGAAGACAUUUAAAAGAAGAUUCUGUGUCUUUGAUGUGUACUUAUCAUAUUAAGUGCUGAAAUUUGCCUGGUUUCCUGAUCUGACUUCCUUUAACAGCACUUCUCACAGAUGAAUGGACGAAGACCUUUUAGUUAAAAGAAAAGUGACCAGUAACAAGGACCUCAUGACCACCAUGGAGGGAACAUACUUCAUCAUGUGGCUGGUUACGAGUUUGGGAUUGUUGGGAGUCAUACAGCCAUUGGCAGCAGAGGAUAUUCAGUGUCAAAGAGCUGAACACCCAGUUAUCACCUAUAAAGAAAUUGCCCCCUGGUUACAUGAGUUCAGAGCAAAGAAUGCUGUGGAUUUUUCUCAGCUAACAUUUGAUCCAGGACAGAAAGAACUUGUUGUAGGAGCCAGAAAUUACCUCUUCAGGUUGCAGCUUGAGGAUUUGUCACUGAUCCAGGCUGUGGAGUGGGAGUGUGAUGAAGCUACUAAAAGAGCCUGUUACAGUAAGGGAAAAUCUAAGGAUGAAUGUCAAAAUUAUAUUCGUGUACUCUUGGUGGGGGGUGACCGGCUAUUCACUUGUGGAACCAAUGCUUUUACACCAAUUUGUACCAAUCGAACGUUGAGUAACCUAACUGAGAUACAUGAUCAGAUCAGUGGAAUGGCUCGGUGUCCUUACAGUCCCCAACAUAACUCCACAGCCCUGCUUACCUCUGGUGGGGAGCUGUAUGCUGCUACAGCUAUGGAUUUCCCAGGAAGAGAUCCUGCCAUUUAUAGAAGUCUAGGAGUUCUCCCUCCUCUACGCACAGCACAAUACAAUUCUAAAUGGCUAAAUGAACCAAAUUUUGUAUCAUCCUAUGAUAUUGGCAACUUCACUUAUUUCUUCUUCCGAGAAAACGCUGUGGAGCACGAUUGUGGAAAAACUGUUUUCUCCAGGGCUGCCCGAGUUUGUAAGAAUGACAUUGGAGGCCGAUUUUUGCUAGAGGAUACAUGGACCACCUUUAUGAAGGCUCGACUGAACUGUUCCCGUCCCGGGGAAGUCCCUUUUUAUUACAAUGAACUACAGAGCACCUUUUUCCUUCCUGAACUGGAUUUAAUCUAUGGGAUAUUUACCACUAAUGUGAACAGUAUAGCUGCCUCUGCUGUGUGUGUGUUCAACCUGAGUGCCAUUUCUCAGGCAUUCAAUGGACCUUUCAAAUACCAGGAGAACUCUCGCUCAGCAUGGCUGCCUUACCCAAAUCCCAAUCCCAACUUCCAGUGUGGUACAGUGGACCAGGGCUUGUAUGUGAACCUGACAGAAAGAAACCUUCAGGAUGCUCAGAAAUUCAUCCUUAUGCAUGAGGUAGUGCAACCAGUUACUACAGUUCCUUACUUCAUGGAAGACAACAGCCGGUUUUCUCAUGUUGCAGUAGAUGUUGUGCAAGGAAAAGACAUGCUUUUCCAUAUCAUCUAUUUGGCUACAGAUUAUGGCACUAUUAAGAAGGUCCUGGCCCCGAUGAAUCUGACUUCCAGCAGUUGUUUGCUUGAGGAGAUUGAGCUGUUCCCUGAGAGGCAGAGGGAGCCUAUCAGGAGCCUACAGAUUCUGCACAGCCAAAGUGUUCUUUUUGUGGGUCUUCAGGAGCAUGUGGUCAAGAUCCCCCUGAAGAGAUGCCUCUUCUAUAACUCACGCAGUGCUUGUAUCGGAGCUCAGGAUCCCUACUGUGGCUGGGAUGUGGUGAUGAAGAAAUGCACAACCUUGGAAGAAAGCUUGAGCAUGAGCCAGUGGGAGCAGAGUAUCUCAACAUGUCCAACAAGGAAUUUAACAGUGGAUGGAAAUUAUGGAGCCUGGUCACCAUGGAUCCCCUGUACUCAUACAGAUGGCAAUAUGGUUGGUUCUUGCCUCUGCCGAACUCGUUCCUGUGAUAAUCCUUCUCCUCAAUGUGGUGGUUGGCAGUGCGAGGGUCCAAGCAUGGAAAUUGCUAAUUGUUCCAGAAAUGGAGGCUGGACUCCGUGGACUUCUUGGUCACCCUGUAGUACAACUUGUGGCAUUGGUUUCCAAGUCCGUCAGCGUUCCUGCAGCAAUCCUACCCCUCGCCACGGAGGCCGAGUGUGUGUGGGACAGAACCGUGAGGAAAGGAAGAUCAAUCCUGCAUUAUACUGUAAUGAACAUUUGCUGUGCCCCCCACACAUGUUUUGGACAGGCUGGGGUCCAUGGGAACGUUGCACUGCUCAGUGUGGAGGUGGGAUCCAAGCCCGCCGCAGGACCUGUGAGAAUGGGCCUGACUGCCCAGGCUGUAAUGUGGAAUAUCAGCCUUGUAACACCAACUCAUGUCCAGAGCUGAAAAAGACCACACCUUGGACACCUUGGACUCCUGUCAACAUUUCUGACAAUGGAGGUCACUAUGAGCAAAGAUUCCGUUACACUUGCAAAGCUCGACUACCUGAUCCCAAUUUACUGGAGGUGGGGAGACAAAGGAUUGAAAUGCGUUACUGUUCUAGUGAUGGUACCAGUGGCUGUUCCACAGAUGGACUCUCUGGAGAUUUCUUGAGAUCUGGAAGAUACUCUGCCCAUACCAUCAAUGGUGCUUGGUCAGCAUGGACCCCUUGGUCCCAAUGUAGUCGAGACUGCAGCCGAGGCAUUCGAAAUCGUAAACGAGUCUGUAACAAUCCUGAACCCAAAUAUGGAGGACUUCCUUGUCUUGGUCCAUCACUGGAAUACCAGGAAUGUAACAUCUUGCCCUGCCCAGUUGACGGUGUUUGGUCUUGUUGGUCACCAUGGUCAAAAUGCUCAGCCACCUGUGGAGGUGGACACUAUAUGAGGACCCGUUCAUGUACAAACCCUGCUCCAGCAUAUGGAGGAGACAUAUGCCUUGGGCUCCACACUGAAGAGGCCCUCUGCAACACACAGCCAUGUCCAGAUAGCUGGUCUGAGUGGUCAGACUGGUCUGAAUGUGACUCUUCUGGAACUCAAUUCCGGGUCCGCCAAUGUAUCAUUUUAUUUCCUGUGGGCAACCAGUGUUCUGGGAAUACCACGGAAAGUCGCUCUUGUGUUUUUGACUCCAAUUUCAUUCCAGAAAUAUCUGUAGCAAGAUCGAGUAGUGUAGAGGAGAAAAGAUGUGGUGAAUUCAACAUGUUCCAUAUGAUUGCAGUGGGAUUAAGCAGCUCUAUUCUUGGUUGCCUCCUUACCCUGCUCAUCUACACAUACUGCCAGAGAUACCAGCAGCAGGCCCAUGAUGCUACUGUCAUCCAUCCAGUCUCACCAGCUCCUCUUAAUACAAGCAUAACUAACCAUAUCAACAAACUGGAUAAAUAUGAUUCUGUAGAAGCAAUCAAGGCAUUUAACAAAAACAACUUGAUCCUAGAGGAAAGAAACAAAUACUUCAAUCCACAUCUCACUGCAAAGACCUAUUCUAACGCCUAUUUUACAGAUCUCAAUAAUUAUGAUGAGUACUAAUAGCUCUUAUAUUUUUGGUCUCUUGUAAUUCCCCAGUCCCCCAAGGCCUGUGCUUCAUGACUGCCCCCCUGUGUUUGAGGCUUCAGAGAUGAAGUUUGGAGACAUUUCAAGCACACUUCAAGCCAUCAGUGUCCCAUUGCUGCCAAAAAUACAUCCCUUAUCACAACAAAAACUCUGUGUGACAUCAUGAAAAUUUGGUCUUCGGCACCUGUUCAUAGUUGAAUGAGCCAUGAGAAAUACUGUUUGUCACUGUAUGUGAAAUUUUCUAAUUGUGGUUGGUCAUAUUUCUCUACAAGUUGAGGAUUAUUUUCUUGAGCUUUUUUGUAAUUGUGCUACCUGCCUUUGAAGAUUCCAUUUAGGAUACUACCAUUGGCUUCAUUUAGGUGUGUCCUUUCAAGAUAUUUUAGAAGAGAAAAAAAAAGUAAUUAAAGAUAAAUCCCUCUAAAUUCAAGUAUUUAGAGCUACAUAACACUGGAUAAAAUGCUGAAGAAAAAUUUUACUGUACAGAUGUUCCACAGUGACCCCAGAUGUUCCCCAAUCUAAAAAAACAUGUUCUGGCUGAAAUGCUUGGAAACAAUCUCUGUCUCUUUCUCUCUUGGAUUAGAAAUUGAAUCUAUCCUGAGUAAGGCAAGAAACGUGAAAUGCAGAUAUAAGUCAUUUCUGCAAAGAUUAUAUGAACUCUUCAGACAACUCAAGCUUUUAUCUCAUAUAUGAACUCUUCAGACAACUCAAGCUUUUAUCUCAUCGCAUUAAUUAUUUUUGUUGUAAGUUGGGGAAGAGGCAAGAAAGAUGAAAUGCAGAUUCAAUCUGAAAGUUUCUGCAUGUUACUGGUUAACUAGUUUCUUGUAACAUUUGGAUUUGCAUGGCAUUCCAAAGUCCUCUCCUUCAUGUUAUUUGCAUAAAAGAUUCAUGCAUCUGGUCCAUCAAAAGUCAAGGAAGCCAAAUCAUGAACUAACCACCUGCAUAAUAAUUGACUUACCACCCUUUCCUUGGCUGGCUUGGGAAAAAAAAUGGACAACACAGGACUGUUUUUCUGGUUACAAAUCUCUGUUUGCCAAUGCCUGUUUUUUGACAAAUAUCCAAAGUGCAGUUGUGUUAUGAAAGGCAACUUUUGUCAUCCUCCUGAAGUAUCUGAUAUAUAUUAAUCAAUCCCUGACAAGAGCAUUAAUGAUGUUGUUUAAAGUGGGCUUUUUAUAAGCCAGAUGCUGUAAAUAAUUAAUACUAUCUAAAUUUUAAACUGUCUUUUUCUGCCUGUAGCUUCAGGUGAGGGGACUGAUAAGUAUUCUUUAUUUUGGUACCACUACCCUUGUUCUCAGAAAGCCUUCUAUUGUUGCAGUAUGUUAACUAACAUCUGAGGCACUUAACUUCAAAGAUUGCCUCAUGGAGAAAAAGCAAUGCCCGUUAAUUGGUCCUAAGGUUCUGAGCAAUGUUUAUUGAUAAAAGAAACAUUUCAGUGUGUUAGUAUUUAGCACUAUUUACAGACAUUUCCCAGAAGAUUGAAAAAAGUCAAAUUAUUUGUAUCUAAACAGAUGCUACACAACUGUUGUAUUAUGUAAUGAUAUUUGAGGAGUUUCUUUUAAAAUGAAAACAACAGUAAAAAAUGCUUCACCUGAACAGCUCUUGGCAUUCUGUCAAAAAAGUAAAACAAAAAAAAAAAAUCCACACAAACUGAUAAACAUAUGCUGAAGUUACAUCUAGUAGAAAACCAACCUCCAUAUUGGCAACUCUGUACUUCAGUGAUCUUAAUGAUAUAGAUUUUUUUAAAGAGUAUAUUCAUGGAACUAUCUAAUUCAGUAAAGAUCAAAGGAAGAAUUUAAGGUUAGAAAAAGAUCAUGAUCUACCGUGUAUUGCUGUUAAAUUGAGAAAAGUUUUUCCUCUAUGCAUAUUUUCAACAACUACUCUGUAGAAAAGUUUUAAAAGGCAGAUAAUCUCUGGGAAUCUGAUGGCAUCUGGGUGCAGUGCCUCCAGGAUACUUUUUCCAAUGAUGAGCUCAUUUUGUAUUGUAGGUAUUAUUUGGAUGCAUCAUCAGAUUGUGUUGUUUGUAUGUGGAUUUACAUUUAAUGAAUGAAACACAGAACAGUUUCCUUGUUUUGGAUAUUUGUGGUGUUUGUUUUGAUUCUUCAUAGUAGGAUCAAUCUAUCCCAUCACUUCUCCAUAAGGACCAGGUACUAUUUUUGGAUAGUUCUUUAUUUUCAUUUUUCCCUGUGAAUGAUUCUUUUUUUGUCUUUAAAAGUGAUACUAUCUGUUUUUCCCCCCAGGAAAAAAGAAAAUUAAUGCUUCAAGUUCAAUAGAUUAGUUGGGAAAAGCUUUUAGAAUUAUAGCAAAUCUGGUAUUAUAAUCAGUGUUCUGUAACAUUUGGGAGGAAAUAACAGAAUUUUUACAUAAAUAACAUAUAAUUCUAAAGAUACCCGCUGCCAAAACACCUUUUACUCUUAUUUUCUGCAAGCUAUUGAAAUAGAAUUUUUCUGCAUUGUGAAUUUUACAAAUUUAAAUAGCACAAAUUAGAUUAGAAUAACUACAUUAGAUAUUUCUUGAAAUAUUUUAGCUAUAUGUAAUUUAAAUUUUUUCCAACAAUUUUAAUAGUCAUGUCACAUGUGCAUAUAUACUUUACACGUCUUACCUCUUCUUCAUACAUCUACACAAUUCACACAAUAACUGAACACCACUAGCAGAAAGCAUUUCUAUAUUUUUUUAUAUUAUAAAGCAUUGACUUUCUGCAGAAACUUUGAGGAAUAGCUUGAUAGCCCAUUCCCCUCCCCCCCCCUUUUUUUACCUUAUACAACUUGAUUUUCUUUUUCUCCUGGAGUAAAAACUAGAGUCAUAACCCAUAGCAUUUUGAUACUAUAUAUUGGAAGAAAGGUUGACAUCAAAUGAUUUUAAUAAGAGCUCUUCUUAUGAUAUUCAGAUUGGUUAAAUGGAAGGUCAGAUGAACUUUAUUUAAAAAGCUGGCUUUUAGUUCUAUAUUUUGAUUCUCUUGUAGUAAUUUCUGCUAAUGUUCAAAGUUAAUUUGUCCUACGAUGAUGUAUUAAGUAGAGUACUGGAUUUGGAAAACUUAGAUUCAAAUUCCACUUCAUCUAGAGAAUAGAUUUGUGACCCCAUAGGAUUCACUUAAUUUCACUGGAUUUCAGCUUUCUCAAAUAUAAAAUAAAGAGUUUGGAUUUUA